AAUAUGUCUGAUUCAAAAAUGGUUCUCUUUAUUGUUUCUCUAUUCCUUAUAAGCUCAUUGAGCCACAAUAUUGCUGUCAUAGCUAAUGAUAACUUCUAUCAAGAUGUUGACAUCACUUGGGGAAAUGGUCGUGCCAUGAUACUGAAACACGGUAAGCUCCUAACUCUCUCGCUUGAUCAAGCUUCUGGCUCAGGCUUUCAGUCAAAGAAUGACUUCAUCUACGGGAAGUUCGAUAUGAAGAUCAAGCUCGUCCCAGGAAAUUCCGCCGGCGUUGUUACUGCUUACUACUUACGUUCACAAGGUUCCAUGUGGGACGAGUUGGACUUUGAAUUCUUGGGGAAUUUGAGUGGCGAACCUUAUAUUGUCCACACAAAUGUGUACACACAAGGCAAUGGCAACAGAGAGCAACAAUUCUAUCUAUGGUUUGAUCCCACAGCCAAAUUUCACACUUAUUCCAUUCUCUGGAAUCCUGGACAUGUUGUAUUUUCUGUAGAUGGGAAGCCUAUAAGAGAGUUCAAGAACUUGGAACCCUUAGGGGUUCCGUACCCGAAGAGCCAACCGAUGCGAAUAUACUCUAGUCUUUGGAAUGCCGACGACUGGGCGACGAGAGGCGGGUUAGUGAAGACAAAUUGGAGCGAAGCGCCGUUCAUCUCUACAUUUCGGGACUUUGGAGCCAAUGCUUGUGUUUGGUCUAAUGGAGUAUCUUCUUGUAAUGUUACUUCUUCUAACUCUAGUAGUAUCGCUGGUGAUCGUCGCGAAUGGCUUUCGCAAGAGCUCGAUUCGACGGGUCAGAAGAGCUUAAAGUGGGUGCAGAAGAAGUACAUGGUUUACAAUUACUGUACGGACACAAAGAGGUUUCCUGAGGGCCUCCCUCUUGAAUGCACUGUCACUACCAAGUGA